UUUCCAGCAAAUGUACGUUUAUGUUGAUUCGGUCAAGAAGACGCCCUCUAUGAUUUAAACCCGAGUUUGAGUUCAGCCAGUCGGUGAUGGCGUAUCGCGUGCGGCAAUUUCGAAGAGGAGUGCGUUUCGUUUUGAAAAUUUUGACAACGGCCUUUUAAAAUGGCAGACAAUCAGCAGAGCAGGUUCGAAAAGUCACUCGGUUUGCUGACGACGCGGUUUGUAACUUUGUUACAAAAGGCGAAAGACGGAGUAUUGGACCUGAAAGUGGCCGCUGAUAUACUGGAGGUGCGACAAAAGAGACGGAUAUACGACAUCACUAAUGUACUCGAGGGAAUUGGGCUGAUUGAGAAAAAAAGCAAGAAUAGCAUACAAUGGAAAGGUGCUGGACCUGGGUGUAACACACAAGAAGUUGGUGAAAAGCUGACCGAACUGAAGGAUGAAAUCAAGAAACUAGAGGAACACGAACAGUUGUUGGACACGCAUACCCAGUGGAUUCAACAGAGUGUAAAGAACAUCGAAUGUGAUUUAACAAAUAAGAGAUACGCUUACCUCACGUAUGAGGAUGUCAAGAAAAAGUUUCAGAAUGAAGUUGUGUUGGGUAUUCAAGCUCCACCGGACACAUUACUCAAUGUACCAAAUAUUGCAAAGUUAAUAGAAGAGAAUCUUGAUGAAAUUAAGAAUCCUAAUUACGAGAUAUCCAUGAAGAGUGCAUCGGAAGAAAUUAAGGUGUACAUGAUUCAGCCAGAGCUCGCUGAAUGUUAUGACAACAAAGUACUUGAGGCCAGACUUCGAGAAGAAUCUAAAGGUACUAAGAGGGAAAAGGAUGGAGAUGAUAAGAAGGAGGAAUCCAAGCCAAAGAGAAAAGUUGGAAGGCCACCUAGAGGGGCUGGGAAAGUAGACCCUGUAUUAUCAGACGAAGACGAGGAAGAGGAUCCAGAAUUACUCGAAGCGAAAAUUAUACUCAGCGAUGUAGCAACGUCAGACAUUGUCAGAACAGAUUUGGACCUACUGGACGAGUUUUAUUCAGAUUUUUGCGGACCUUUGGUGAGACUCAGUCCACCACCGGGAGAGAAGGACUAUCAUUUUCAUCUUAGUGAAAACGAAGGACUCUGUGACUUGUUUGACAUAGUUGCAAACUGACGGCAAUACAUUAAAAAAAAUAGUUUAUGGCUCUGCGGUAUCGUGAAGUUCAAUUUUCAGGUGUUCUUACGCCUGAUGAAUAAAUUGAUGUGAAUUGGAUUUGACAAUAAUGCGUCAUACCCGUAAUCACACUAAAUCAUUGUCGACCACCCUGUAUUGAUAUACAUGUAUAUAAUAUAUAUAUACAUAUAUACAUAUAAAAUCACGUAGGUAAUAUGUAUAAUUGAGUAAUGAAAAUUGCGGGCCAAUGCAAAAUUAUUGGCUCUGAUACCUUAAUUAAAUGGCUAUAUUGUGAAGUACCUUUUUUGGCGUAUUACAUACGUGAAAAUAACUGCCAGUUAGCGAUGUCUAUUUUUAGGCAAUAGAUUCACACGCUGUAAUGUUUGCUUGGCUACACUCACAAGAAUUCCAUGUGUCUUAUGUUAGUAAGGAUUAGUGAUUAGCAUCCUUUAACCUGGGAUGCUAGGUAAAGUAUUACCUAAUAUCGUAUCUUCACAAUUUGUAUAGCAAUGCCUGGGUUCAUGAAUAACGUGACACACUUUGUUAGCGCCAUUGAUUUAGUUUACGAAAUCUAGGAAGGCUAUGUUAUGAAAUUUUUAAGUAUUUUAUAAGAGAAAACAACCCCCUGUGUAACGAUGACGACAAAAAGGUAUACCUGUCUGUCUUAUAUACAUUUUCGAGUUUUUACCUGUUAAAUUUGCUAACUAGCUCAUGUACACCUGAGUAAAGUCGAUUCUGCCUUACUGCUGCCUAAUUUUAGUAGGUUGGAAAUAGGGUUGGCUGCACUGGUGUCUAACAUACGCGCACAUUGAACAACAGAUGCCGCGCCAGUUCGAUGAGGCGCUGCCAGAGCCAGCCGUAUUUCUCACCCACUGAACUGAAAGGGUCAGAAUUGACUACUCGGGUCUGCAUACAAUGUGUAUGUGCUAACGAGAUCAUAUAAGGUGCAUACAGAUGUACGAAACAACAUUGUGUUGCUGUUUUAUCUAUUAUACAAAUAGAGUGUAAGACAAAACGAAAAUAGAAUGUCUUUUUAUAAAAUAAACUUCGAAAUAUGACCAGA